GGAGAUCCCACCCUGAAAUGUCACAAACGAUUAGCAACAAUUAAGAAAUAGACAUGGCUGAUCAAGUCCUGUUGGCUAGGGUGUAAUUGACUGGGUACUGAGUGUCAUGUGCUGCCUGUGUAGGCUACAGUAAAUCAAUGUCCUGGCUUUCAGUGGGUCAGUCUCUGCCCCCUCCUCCCUGCUCACUUUGAACCUCACAUGAUGUUAGUAACAUUUCUCUUGGCCUUAUAAAGGAACCACAGGAGUUCACUACAGCCAGAGCUCUGGACUCAGGAGAUCAGGGACUUCCUUGUCGCCCACCCUCCCCUGACUUGAAGGGAAGCAGAGAACUGUACAGAAAUCUGGAACAUCCACCAGCUUUUCCAACUCUUCAAACAUGAGUCGUCCGGUGAACGGAAUCCAUGGCAACGCCGUACACGAUGAAGGGGUCUUCAUGUUCACUUCAGAAUCUGUGGGAGAGGGACAUCCUGAUAAAAUCUGUGACCAGAUCAGUGACGCUGUGCUGGAUGCCCAUCUUAAACAGGACCCUGAUGCUAAGGUUGCCUGUGAGACUGUCUGCAAGACUGGGAUGGUGCUGUUAUGUGGGGAGAUCACCUCUUGUGCCUUUGUUGAUUACCAGAAGGUGGUGAGAGACACAAUACAGUACAUUGGAUAUGACAAUUCCACUAAAGGCUUUGACUACAAGACCUGCAACGUGCUGGUUGCCUUGGAGCAGCAGUCGCCCGACAUUGCACAGGGAGUCCAUCUAGACAGACACGAAGAUGACAUUGGCGCUGGAGACCAGGGCCUGAUGUUCGGCUACGCUACCGAUGAAACAGAGGAGUGCAUGCCGCUAACCAUUAUCCUCGCUCACCGGCUCAACGCCAAGAUGGCCGAGCUCCGCCGUGACGGGACGCUCCCGUGGCUCAGGCCUGACUCGAAGACCCAGGUGACAGUCCAGUACAGCCAGGAGAAUGGGGUGGUUGUCCCGACUCGUGUGCACACUAUCGUUAUCUCCGUGCAGCACGACGAAGAUGUGACGGUGGACGAAAUGCGGAGCGCCUUGAAGGAGCGGGUGAUUGAUGCCGUGGUGCCCAGCAAGUACCUGGAUGAUAAAACUGUGUAUCACCUCCAGCCCAGUGGGAGGUUUGUCAUUGGAGGACCCCAGGGUGAUGCUGGAGUCACUGGGCGGAAGAUCAUUGUGGACACGUACGGGGGAUGGGGAGCUCAUGGUGGUGGUGCCUUUUCGGGAAAGGACUACACAAAGGUGGACCGCUCAGCAGCCUACGCUGCUCGCUGGGUGGCCAAAUCCCUCGUGAAGGCUGGCCUUUGCAAACGUGUCUUGGUGCAGGUUGCCUAUGCCAUCGGAGUCGCUGAGCCACUGUCUAUCUCUGUUUUCUCGUACGGAACCUCACAAAUGGGCGACAAAGCAUUGAUGGAAAUUGUGAAAAAGAACUUUGACCUUCGACCUGGAAUGAUUGUCAGGGACCUCAACUUGAAGAAACCAAUCUACCAAAAAACAGCUUGCUACGGCCAUUUUGGCAGGAGUGAAUUUCCUUGGGAAGUGGUCAAGAAGCUGAAUUACUAAUGUAUCCUGGCCUGGUCCCCAAACCACUACUACUACUGUCCAUUGCAGUGACCUACAGAAGGGCACUUUGUCCUGAAAUUCCAUGAUAAAACUGGCUUCUGCCAGACCACGUCAAAUCCUUAUCUCCAGGAGGGACCAAAUCACAAUCUGUGGGAAGAAUUUAAUCAUCAGCAACAAUGCCACGUUGGAGAAGAGUUGUCUCUGCUUUCCUGGGAGUUUCCAUCGAGAGUUCCAAUAUUCUUUACAUUGCUGUCAUUUUACAGAAACGUAACAAGUUCCUUUUUCUGUCAUAGGGAAAGGCAGCACCAAAGUUCCACCAUCUGUAUGGUAGCUUGACCUCACUACCUCCAAGCCUGGUGACACGGGAAAAAACCCAAAACUGAGCCACAAGCGACCAAAAUGGUGGAUGCUAAUACUUUGCUGUGAGUUAGUUUCCCCGAGGUGGAGUGUUGAGGUGAAUAGCUGCACCUGACUGCCAAUGGCAUUUCAAUUCUGUUCUCCUUCAUCACCCCAUCUCACAUGACAAGGGAACGUUUCUCUCUAUUCUGCACCCGUGGGCUGGAAUUACUGCAGCCUGGAAUUUGUCAUUUUAAGUUCCCUGGACAUCCUUGGCAGUAUACCCACUUGAGUUAGUAAUCUUGGGAUCAAAUCUCGCCUCCUCUCCCCAGCUGAAAGAAAAUGUAAAGAAAACAUAACCUGUUUUAAAGUAGAAAUCAGUGACUUAAAAUUCAUAGGAACAUGUGAAGUUGAAGCAAGGGGGAGGACAUUUGGCCCCUCCAUCAUUCGGUAGGAUCUCGGCUGAAUAAUUGUGAGCUUAACUUUCCAGCUUGUCCCCAGUAUCCUGAAUCUGGCCAGCUCUGCCUUAAAAGUAUUCAGUGAUCUUGGCUCCACUGUUCUGUGGGAAAGAAAGUUCCAAGGACUCACGCAUCUCUGGGAGAAAAAAAAAAUUCUUCCUCAUUUUAAUCUUAAAAAUGGAGACCCCUGAUUUCGAAACACUGACACCCACCCCCCAUCCCUACCCUCACCUCAGUUCUAGCCUCUCCCAUAAGGGGAAACAUGCUUUCAGAAUCAUCUUGAUAAUUCCCCUUGGAUUCCUCUAUGCUUCAAUAAGAUCAGCUCUCAUUCCUCUAACUCCUGUUUACCUACACAGUUUCUGACAACAUUCCUCACUCUACAACUUAAACGACAUAUUUCAAGUGAACCAGUUGUGCCUCCGUCAAAGCAGAUAGACAGCACGUCUCCAUCUAACUGUGUGGAGUACACGUUUCCUAAACUCAUCAUGAAUUACUCUGGCUUCUCUGGUUCUACAUUUUGUUUUCUUCUCAAGUUUAACUUUUAACUGAUCACACAGUGGGGAAAACAGUAGUCUUUCUUUGAGCCAGGCUGUUUUGAGAAUUUUCAGUUCAUGAAUUAUGCUGCAAAAACAGGUCAAAUCUACUCCAGUUUUGGUGUUUUGUUCCCUUGCAGUGUCAGUCUUGGCUCAGUGCUAACACUCUCUCACUGCUGAAUCGCAGGGCUGCAGGGCGAGGGCUCGCUGCAGGGCUAGGGCUCACUCCAGAGGCUUGAGCAUAUCAUCCAUUCAGUAGUGAGGGAGAGGCAAUAUCAUUUGACCUUUAACACCAGACCCUGUAUGCUCACUCAGGUGGACGUCAAAAGACCACAUGGCAGAACUCAUAGAGGAGUUGGGGUGCUCUUUGGUGUUCUAGCCAACGUUUUUCCUUCAACCAAUACUGUAAUUUUGGUCAUUAUCUCAUUGCUAUUUGUAAUUGCUGCAUUUCCUACAUUAUACAUUCAAAAUUGGCUGCAAAACAUGUUGGGACAUCCUGUGGACACAAAUAGGACAACAGAAAAACAAUCCCUUUCUUAUUAUCUUAAUCUACAAAAAAAAUACAACCAGUUGCUUCAAUUCUGGUUUUCCUGUUGCUUUAUGAUUUUCCCAUUCUUCUUCUUUUGUUCAUUAUUUAAUGUUAAUUUAUAUUCUGGCUGAAUCUAAUUCGUCUUCUAAUGCCUCUAAUCCCCUGACAUUUUCCUUUUACCUGUUUCCAUUUUGGUGCAUUUACCAUUUUAAAAAAUAAUGGAUUUUGAUUUAUUUCUGAACUGAUAUUGAUAGUGCAAAGGAGAAAAGGUUGUCUCUGUUAUAUUGCAGCAGUGGCUAAAUCAGUCUGUGAUUUAAUUCAAAGCUCCAAAGUCAUUCAAAGCAUUUGAAAAUUAAGUGAUGUAUCAAUGUGCCUGGUACCCAGAUGUGUGGUGCUGUGAAAUGCUUGAGGGAUUUGACUGUGGGAGAGCUGUGCACCCCAUAGAAUUUUCCUAAUGAAUGGAUAGAAAACUGAGCUGGGUCCUUGGAUCUCCAUGUCCCCGUUCUCACUGCUCAAAGUUCUGUGGCAGGAUCGCUCCUUAACAAAAAUCCACAUCGUAAGGCUUUACUUUAUAUACCAAAACAAAAUUUGCAUCUUGCUGGAAAGGAUCCCUGAAACCUUUUAUCUUGCCUUAAUCAGGACAAACACAAAAAUACCAAAUUUCACACAAUCACGGCAAUUUAUACCACAGCAAAAGAAGGUUCUGAUUGGUUGACUAAUCAAUUCUAAUCGGCUGAGACGUUGCCAUGGAGAAAACAAAGGAUAGAAUAGAAUCCCUACAGAGUGGAAGCAAGCCAUUCAGCCUGUUAAGUCCCCAUUGACCUUCUGAACCUGAACCAUUGACCUGUAACCCCCCCAUUUCCCACGGCUAAUCCACCUAGCCUGCACAUCCUUCAACACUAUGGCCAAUCUACCUAGCUUGCACAUCUUUGGACUGUAGAAGGAAACUGGAGCACCCAGAGGAAAUCCGCGCAGUCAAGGGGAGAAUGUGCAAACUCAACACAGUCACCUAAGGGUGAAAGCGAUCCCUGGUGUCCAUGCAGUGAGGCAGCAGUGCUAACCACUGAGCCACUGUGCAUACACGCUCUCUGCAAACAAAAUAAAUAUGUUCGAGCAAUACAACUUUUUUGAAUUACCUGGGAACUUGGAGACCCUAGUUUCCUGUGAUAACACAGUGUGGAGCUGGAGGAACACAGCAGGUCCUGACCCGAAACGUCAACUUUCCUGCUCCUCUGGUGCUGCCUGGCCUCUGUGUUCCUCCAGCUUCACACUGUGAUAUCUCUGACUUCAGCAUCAGCAGUUCUUACUAUCCCUAUAGUUUCCUGUUCUUUCUCUGUAGCAAUUGCUUGGCCAAUCAGUGUUGAUUUGCCAACUACUCAGUACUCUUUUCUCAUAAAGUUGCUGUGAUCAUUUGAAA